AUGGAGGCAAUUCCACCGCCCACACAAGACCCCUUUUCGCGUCCCCCGGAUAUCUGCCUUCGUCGCUGCAUUCCAACCCAUAUGACAGUGUGAAUUUGUUCAAGGAUGUCAAGUGUAAGAAGGCUAUGGGGAUCCAUUGGGACACUUGGUAUCUUACGGAGGAACCAGCACUUGGGCCGGCGAAGAUACUAAAGGAUGCUUUGGUGAAAGCUGGUAUUCCAGAGACGGGAACAUUUGAUGUUUUUGAGCCUGGUGAAAGUCAGGAAUUUUAG